GGGUGGGUGGGAUCGUGGCGGAGUUCCAAGGGCCCGGGCAGGGGCGAGAGAGCGCCAUGGCGGCGGCAUUUGGUCGCCGCGCUGCGGCGAGGUGAGGGGGCCGCCUUUUCACGGCUGAGGAGGCCACAACUGCCCUCCUGCCUUCCACGCAGGCCGCGGCUCCGGCAUGGCCGGGAUCAUUAAGAAGCAGAUCCUGAAGCACCUGUCCCGGUUCACUAAGAAUCUUUCCCCAGACAAAAUCAACUUGAGCACCCUGAAAGGAGAGGGUCAGCUUACCAACCUGGAGCUGGAUGAAGAGGUUCUACAGAAUGUGCUGGAGCUGCCCACUUGGUUAGCCAUCACUCGGGUCUACUGCAACAGGGCCUCCAUCCGGAUCCAGUGGACAAAAUUGAAGACGCACCCAAUUUGCUUGUGUCUGGAUAAGGUAGAGGUGGAGAUGAAGACAUGUGAGGAGCCUCGGCCUCCCAACGGACAGUCUCCCAUUGCUCUUGCUGCAGGACAGAGUGAAUAUGGCUUUGCCGAGAAGGUGGUGGAAGGGAUGUUCAUCAUCGUCAAUUCCAUCACCAUCAAGAUUCACUCCAAGGCCUUCCAUGCUUCUUUUGAAUUGUGGCAGCUCCAGGGUUAUAGUGUCAACCCCAACUGGCAACAGAGUGACCUCCGCCUCACCCGCAUCACCGACCCCCGCCGAGGAGAGGUUUUAACAUUUAAGGAAAUAACUUGGCAAACACUUCGGAUUGAGGCAGAUGCUACAGACAGCGGUGAUCAAGACCUGGUCACCACCCCACUGAGGCUUAUUACCAACCAAGGCAGGAUCCAAAUAGCCCUCAAGAGAAGAACCAAAGAUUGCAACGUCGUAGCCUCCAAGCUGAUGUUCCUUUUGGAUGACCUGCUCUGGGUGCUGACUGACUCUCAGCUCAAGGCUAUGAUGAAGUAUGCAGAAUCAUUGAGCGAGGCCAUGGAAAAGUCAGCCCAGCAGAGAAAGAGCCUGGCCCCCGAACCUGUACAGGUCACUUCACCUGCUCCUAGUGCCCAGCAGUCCUGGGCCCAGGCAUUUGGUGGCAGCCAGGGCAGCAGCAACAAUAGCAGCAACCGCCUCAGCCAGUACUUUGAGAACUUUGAUGUGAAAGAGUCCUCCUACCAUCUGCUCAUCUCCCGCCUGGACCUGCACAUUUGUGAUGAUAGCCAGUCCCGAGAGCCAGGUGUCUCUGCAAACAGACUCAUGGGUGGUGCCAUGCAGCUUACCUUUCGCAAGAUGGCAUUUGACUAUUACCCCUUCCACUGGGCAGGUGAUAGCUGCAAACACUGGGUACGACACUGUGAUGCCAUGGAGACCCGAGGCCAAUGGGCCCAGAAACUAGUGAUGGAAUUUCAGAGUAAAAUGGAGAAGUGGCAUGAGGAAACAGGUCUGAAGCCUCCUUGGCACCUGGGGGUAGACUCUCCGUUCCGGAGGAAAGCAGAUUCCCUCUCCAGUCCUCGAAAGAACCCCCUUGAGAGAAGCCCCUCCCAGGGCCAACAGGCUGCCUUUCGGCCUCCAGCCUGGAAUCGCUUACGCUCUAGCUGCAUGGUCAUACGGGUGGAUGACUUGGACAUCCACCAGGUUUCUUCAGCUGGACAGCCCAGUAAGAAGCCAUCUACACUCCUUUCCUGCAGUCGGAAACUUCACAGCCUACCCUCUCAGGUCUCUGCCAUUCACAUUGAGUUCACAGAGUAUUAUUUCCCGGAUAAUCAGGAGCUUCCAGUUCCCUGUCCCAAUCUCUACAUUCAGUUAAAUGGUCUGACAUUUACUAUGGAUCCUGUCAGUUUGCUCUGGGGAAACCUCUUCUGCCUGGAUUUAUACCACAGCUUGGAGCAGUUCAAAGCUAUCUACAAAUUGGAAGAUUCAAGCCAGAAAGAUGAACACUUGGACAUUCGACUGGAUGCCUUCUGGUUGAAGGUGAGCUUCCCGCUGGAAAAGAGAGAGCAGGCUGGGUCGCAUCGGCCCCAGGCCCUUGUCUUCUCUGCAUCAGGCAUGACUGCCACCAAUACACGUCAUGCCCCACAUUGUAGCUGUCCAGACCUUCAGAGUAUCUUCCAAGGUUUUGCUGCUGCUGAGUUCUUUCAUUCCAAUUUUGUUCACUUUCCCAAGGUUCCAGGUGGUUUUAGCCUACUGCACAUACUUUUUUUGCAUCAUGCCUUCCAAAUGGAUUCCAGCCUCCUUCAACCUAAUGCUCUCCCUCCCCAGAGGCUUAAGGCUUCCCAGGAUCUCUGGUCCAUCCACUUCCCCCAGAUCUCCUUGGACUUUGAGGGAACAGAGAAGUUCAAAAGCCAUACCUUGAAUUUUGUGGCCCCCUUCCCCUUGUCCAUUUGGGCCUGUCUACCCCUCCGCUGGCAGCAAGCCCAGGCACGGAAGCUCCUUUUGGCAGCAGAAGGGAGGCUGAAACCAUCAGCCAGCUUUGGUAGUCCUGUUCAGUCUGAGGCCUUUGCCCCUGACACUGUGUCCCAUCUGAGGUCAAAGACUGAGCAUGAUUUGAAAAGCCUAUCAGGCCCUACAGAAGUCGUGGAAAUUCUGAGGGAAGACAGUGGUAGUAUGGAUAACAAAGGGCCUCUGACACACCUGGAGGAUGCAGCAGAUGUUCACAUGCUUGUACACUCCCCUGUACAUGUCUGUGUGAGGCUUGACCACUACCAAUACUUGGCCCUACUGCGCCUGAAGGAGGUGCUACAGGGUCUUCAGGAGCAGCUGACAAAGGAUACAGAGGCUAUGACUGGGUCUCCCCUACAAGACCAGAUGGCUUGCAUUGGGGUCCUCUUCCCCAGUGCUGAGGUGGCUCUGCUCAUGCAUCCUGCUCCUGCUGCUGCUGAAGCUGACUCUGCAGGUUCAGAUACCACUAGCCUUAUAGAUUCAGAGCUAUCUCCUUCAGAGGAUCGGGAGCCAAAGUCUGAUGCCUCCUCAGACCAGGGCCCAGCAAGCCCUGAGAAAGUUCUGGAGGAUAGUAGCAUUGAAAAUCUGGCUGCAUCCCAGGGUGGGACACUGCCUCUCGAAAGCAGUGGAGAACUGCAGGACUCAGAUUCUUUUGCACAGCAGUUGGUAGGGAAGGGCCAUGAGGCAGUUGAUUCUCUACAGGCCAAGAGACUGAGCAAAGCCCAAGUACCCAGCUCACCAGCUGCGCUGAAGCCCCCAGAUAGCAGGGAUACUGCUGUGAAUGAACAGGGUGAGCUCAUGCCUUUGAAGAACAUUGAGGGAGAAUUGUCAAGUGCUAUUCACAUGACCAAGGAUGCCACCAAGGAGGCUCUACAUGCCACCAUGGACCUCACCAAGGAAGCUGUGUCCUUGACUAAAGAUGCCUUCAGUCUGGGCAGAGACCGAGUGACCUCCACCAUGCACAAGAUGUUGUCCCUGCCCCCAGCCAAGGAGCCCAUGGCCAAGAUUGAUGAGGGGGUGGCAGCCCCAGUGACUGGAAGUGCUGCCCGACUCCGAUUUUUCUCCAUGAAGAGGACAGUAUCUCAGCAGUCAUUUGAUAGUGUCUCAUUGGAUAACAGUGGCCCCGAAGACCGGAUUUCAGUAGACAGUGAUGGCAGUGAUAGCUUUGUGAUGCUUUUAGAGUCUGAGUCUGGUCCAGAAUCUUUUCCACCAGGAUCUCUUCCAAAUGUCUUAGACAGUGCUGGUGUUCAAGGGAGCCCUAUUGUAGAUGGUUAUGGCCAGGGGUCACCAGAGACGCACAGUUCAGCCUCACCCAGUGGGGAAGACCUCAAUCUUCACCCGGUCUCAGUUGUGGUUCUGAAGGUGAAUAAGGUGUCUUUUGGGAUUGAGGUACGUGGUGAGAACCUGACUGUGGCCCUACAAGCAGAGAAACUGACCCUCCAGCAGCUGGGCACCAUGGGACUCUGGCAGUUCUUUCAUGGACAAUUCCCGGAUACAAGCUUUCAGGAAUCCUCAACUUUGAAGACUGGCCCCAUUAGGCCAGCAGUGGGCCUUCGCUUUGAGGUGGGGCCUGGUGCAGCUGUUCAUUCCCCACUGGCCACAAAGAAUGGCUUCCUGCAUUUGCUUCUCCAAGGCUGUGACCUUGAACUGCUCACUUCGGUGCUCAAUGGCCUCGGGCCCUUCUUGGAGGAUGAGGAGAUUCCGGAGGUAGUUCCCAUGCAAAUUGAGCUCCUGAACUCCAGAAUCACCUUAAAGGAUGAUAUCCCCCCCAUCUAUCCAACGUCUCCAGGCCCUAUCCCCAUCACUCUGGCCAUGGAGCAUGUUGUGCUGAAGCGAAGUGAUGAUGGUGUGUUCCAUAUAGGUGCUGCUGCUCAUGAUAGACCAUCAUCUGAAGUACAUAAAAGUGAGAAGAGACAGCCCCUAAAAGAACAGGUGUUUUUGGUGCCUACAGGGGAGGCUUUUGGACAGCAGGUGAAAGAACUGCCUACCCUACAAAAGGAACUUAUAGAAACCAAACAAGCAUUGGCCAAUGCCAACCAGGAUAAAGAAAAACUUCUUCAGGAGAUUAGGAAAUAUAACCCCCUCUUUGAGCUCUGAUAGCAGUGGAUUAACCAUCUGUGCCAAGGAGAGUGGAGAUCACCAGCAAUAGCACCACCUAUGUGACAGAAGGCACCCUCCAGUGUUGAAUAAGUUGGCUAAGGAUGUCAGAGGGUCUGAGGAGUGCUCACUUCACUCCUUGUGGUGUCCUUUGUGUUAGUGUUCUAACUUGGAUGGAAGACAGGGCAAAGCAUGAUAAUAUUCGAGGAAAUUGAGGACAGCUUUGUGUGUUGCUUGGGCAUCAUGUCUUGCCUGUGUAUAGCCUUUUCGUCCUCUGCAUACUAGGUGGAUUCUUCUCCACUAUAGGGCCAUUUCACCGCCUGGUUUUAUGACAGAGACAUUUGCUUCCUCCACAACCUGUGUGAAUAAGGGAAAGUACCCAUCUUUUCAGUCACCCACAGAGCCACCAAAGAGUCUAUAUCUCAGAGCUUCCUGUAGCAGAUCUGAAAAGUCUUGGCCUAACUCUGGCCAUAGUAGUAAAGUAAAACAGGGACUAGCCAGCAAGGUGGGAGCCAGGAGAGGCACAAGAAUAAGGGAGACCAGGACCCUGCCUUUUUCGGAAAGGGAACUGAGCUCAUAUCAUCUUGGCUGAUAUUACAAUCAGAUUUUUCUGGGUUAAGUUUCCUUCCUUUUAUGCUUUCAUCACUGUGAUGCUAUGGUGAAAGUAAACAACAGUAGUGGCUCAGUUGUAUCACCUUUCCCUUCUAUAACACAAUUUAUUUGAUUUUCUUUUAACUUCAAGUAUUUGAAUUUUUUUUUUAAUUUCAAGUAUUUAUUUGAAAUUUAAAUCAAGGAGAAAACAUCCACUCUGAGCUAGGUUGGAGGCAUGAUGUGGUGGGGAUUAAUAGGGCAGCUUGAUUCUGAGCCUCUGUUGUCUGCCUAGAGUCCUGUCUCUUUUCCAUAGCUGCACCUCAGGUUAUUUCCUCUGUCUCCCUGGAAUCCCUGGCACAUCUGCUUUCCAAGCACUACAACUUUGUACCAGCACACUCCUUAGCACUUGGUGGUUUGGGAGCUGAAAAUGUGUUUUAAACUGUAACAUAGACAUCUCAGUCUCUUGCCUCUCACCCUGCUCUACCACUGUGGCUUUUAAAAAUCAUGUAAUUUUGACUUAAGUAAAGACAAAACAAGAAACCUUCAACCUAGCUAGGUUUUGCCCCUGCCCUAUAAAAAAGCGAUUUCCCCCUUCUUUCCUUCCUACCUAAUUCUUCCCUAACGUUCUACCUUUAUCCAUACAGUUCUGUUGAUAUACAUCAAGCUUUGUUGAUUAGGCAGAAGUUAAUCGGCCAACUCAGCUUGAAAUGGCAAAAUGGUAAACUAGUGAUUUAGUAGUGUCAGUAAAAUCCUACUCACACAUGACCUAUUGAAGGAAAAAUAAAAUGGUUUUCCUUUAUGGGAAAUCAUUCCCGACUUAUAUGUUAUAGUUUUUUGAGGAUAAAAAGAAACAUGCAUUCAAGAAGGAACAAGAUCUAAUUUGUUCAAACUUUUAAAGAACUUUUGUCAAGUUCUUCACUAAGGCAAUUUUAAAAGCACCAGUUACUAUGAGAUUAUGAGACCAUUUUGUCAUGCUUAGGAAACAACUUAGAAUAAACAUCUUUCUGGAGAGAAUGUUAAUGGGAAGUUUCUUCCUGGCUGAUGCUUGCUUUAACUUUAUUUAAGAUUUUUAUAAAUAACUUGAAAGUAGGAUGUGACAGUGCAAUCAAAUGUUACUGCUUCCAGCCAUUGAAAGGUGAACCAGAGAGACUUGAAAAAACAGAACAAAACAAAAAAAUAACCCAAAUUGCAAAGGAGCUACAAGCCAGACUGUAAACACUCAGGAAAGUGACAGGUGAGAUUAGGUGUAGGUAAGUGUAAAGUAAUGCACUUAUGGACAUAUCAGCAGCUGACGAGACAGUGAGCUCUGUUAGAACUCAGGAAAGAAAUGUAAGUAUUGCCGAGAGGGAGAAGGUGUGAAUGUGCCGCUGUGGCCAAAAGUUCAGCUGCAUCAUCAAGAAGGACACCAGGAGACAACAGAGAAAACGGGACCUCAUACACAACCGUGGUAAUGUCUUAAAUUAUCUGCACACUUCUGGAGACCGUAUUUACAAAAUAUAUGAAGGGAGGAAAGGUCCAGAGAACAGCAAAAAUUAUCAGGGGUGUGGGGUGUGGAGGUGGCGGGGUGAAGGUACUUAGAUGAGGAUACAUGUUUAAAAUAUUGACUCCAAUUCUGGAAAGAUGAAAGCUAAGGAUAGUGUCAAAUAAAUAUCCAGUCAUGAGGAAGGACAUAUUCACCAGGCCCUGAAACUAGCUCUGGGGUUUUACCUUGCUGCCUUAGGUAAAAGAAAGCACUUCUCAUAGCAAAUCAGAAACUUAUGGAGCUCACUGUCCAAGAAGUGCUAGCAGAAACUGCAUGGGUACAGAAGGUUUAAGAAGAGUCCUUGUAUGAUUUGGGCCUCCCAAAGGGAAUUAUAGACAUCUAGGGCUACUUUUGGUGAAAUGCAACUGAGGGUAAUUGUGCCUCUCCACAAGCUCCCCCUUAAUGCUGCUUUCAAAGGCAGAGUGGUGAAAAUGGAUCAUUGGCCCUCUCAGGCCUGGCAUUUCUAAAAUUCUUGGAAGGGUAGGAGGAAUAUCCAAUAGCUGGAAACUGGAAUUAUUCAACCUUAGGAUCACCUGAAUUGGUUUAAAAUCAUACAGAUUUUCUUCUCUUCCUUUCCUUCCUGACCACCAUAUCCCUCUGGCAUCCUCCAUGCAAAGAACAUAUUUAAUAGGCAUUGCCUGGUACACCUUCACCUUAAACUUGUGCUUGGUGGGAGGCAAGAGAAACAAAUCCAGGAAGCACCAAGACUAACCCCUUUAACAACCAGAGCUCAGGUUUCUGGGCUCUUUGGAGCUCUUGUCCAUAUGACAAAUGGAGCCUUAGAAUUUCAAACUUCCAUUAUAUGGCAGCUUUGGCCAUUAUGUCUUGAAAUCCUCAGGAACUAUGGCAGGGGUCAUUGUCCCAUGGAAUUUUAGUAAAAAUCAUCUUGUAUAAUAAUACUAAUAUUCAAUGGGGAAGGAAGAUUUUUUUCAUAAUGAAGAUAUAUGAACUGGUUGGUUGUCCUCAAGAUAAAUGUAAAGGAAAAAAAUGAAAGGAAAAGAGAGUAGUGUCAACUCCUUUGGACUGAUUAUGAUUUCUGCCUUGGAACUCUAAGAUUCUGUGAACAAGAAAUAACAAUACCUCAAGAAAAUGUCCCUCAAAGACUUCAGCCACUGCACAUCACCAUUUCAGCUGUGAAACAUUUACAACUAUAUCAUCUGUGAUUGUCAAGAUUUCCUAUUUACAUUAAUGUACUGGAGAUAUGCUUUAGUGCAUAUGGACUGGUUUAAAUCUCUUAGCUGAGCUGCAGGGAUGGUUAUCAAUCUCAGAUUGUAUUUUCAACUCACUGGAAUAAUUAACCUAGUUUCUUUGACUUGAGGCAGAAGGCAUGGAAUCUAUUCUUGUGAUGGCUGCUUUUUGCUGUAUGUUUAAUCUGACCCUGAUUUUGCCAUGGGCCUCUACCUUUAGGUACCAUUUUUCGUGGUUCUAAAAGGGGUGGUUCCUGUGUAUGGAAUAUACAAGGGGGCCACACCACCCCUCACAUACCCCAUAACUUAAAUGCUUCCAUUUAACCUAUUUACAUUAGAUUCUCCUUAGGCUAUGUCAGGAGGGUAGUGGAAAGAAAGUAGUUUGAAGUAUUGCCAUAGUGAUAUGGGAACUUUCCACUUCAAAUCUUUACACUAAGGGUUUGUUUAUUUUUUUUCUCUCCCUAUUUAAUACUUGCCUAAACUUCUAAAAUCAAUUAUACUAACAAACUAUGGAAACAACUGAACAUUACAGCACAAGUUAGUAGGAUAACACCUGGUUAUUUGAGAACUGCAAAAGCUGUGUCAUUGUCUUUCGAUUUACCAUGGUCAUUAUUAAGUGUAUCAAGAUUCUGGUGUGAUUUACUAUCUUUUCACCUAGAUCUAUGGCUUCCCCCACUUCCUGCUAGUAUAGGAAUAUUCCUGUUCACCUCCGGGUAGGUAUGGAUAGUAGCUAUUGUUGAAUGGGGAUUAUUUUCCUCAUCGCUUACAACAGAAAAGUUGAAACAUUCUUGUAUAAUCUUAGACUGUGAGAUUUUGCUAAGUGGCCAGACUUCAGCUGUGAACUUUCUUGUUAUUUAUGUUUCAGCCUUUUCCAAUAUCUCAAAUUACAAUAUAGUUCCUGUAACUGUUAAAAAAAAAAAAAAAUCCUGUUAGAGCUGAGAGAUCGUCUGUUUUUGUCAUCUCCUCCCCCCCACCCCCUCCCUAGUUUAUUCAUUUUUUGGUCAAGAUAUAGCGCGAGUCUUAACAGCAUUUCUUUGUGUGGAAUGCCCCACUUAAGUGUCUUCUCCACUGGCUAAGUACAUGUUUAAAGCCAUGAGUUUUAAUGUAAGAUACUAAAAAUCAGAUUUGUCCAACUUUGUAAGUCCAAGCUGUUUCCCCCACUGAGGGUGCUAAACAGAAUUGGAAUCUUUAAGACAUGCUCAGGAAAGCUUCAAAAAAGAACACCUUCUAAACCCUUCUUCCUGACACUGAAUGGAAGGAAAGAAUUCUUGAGGAUUGCCAAUGAAUACUGUAGCCUUAUUACUGCUAAUCACUGUCAAUAAAAGGUCACUCCAUUCCCUCUAUUUGAGGAAAACAAUGAGAAUGUAUCUGAUGAAUGAAUACUGGUCAGUAUUGGGAAAUUUUAAUGUUGCAAUAUCUAAUCAAACCUUGAGUGUACUGGUUCUGUGAACCACAUGAAAAAAGCAAAUUAAACUUAUUAAACAGUA